GCGUUCCCGCCCGGGCGGAAGCCCUGGGAGCGCAUCCCAGGCUAGCGCGGGUGUCUGGUCUUCACCUACUGAGACUUUUCUCUACUGAGCUGUAGGAGGCGAGUCCGGGGCUCCCUGGUCCUCCAGAGGCUCUCAGGAACGCCUGGCCUUAGCACAGCUGCAAAAGCAGCAGGACUUAGUGGUCUGUUUUUCUUUCUUCCUUGCCACUCGGGCUGGCCCCCAGAAUCCUAGGAUCGGCUGGAGGGACCUGAGUCUUGGUGGUAGGAUGGGAAACAGUGCUCUCCGCGCUCAUGUAGAAACGGCGCAGAAAACUGGUGUCUUUCAGCUUAAGGACCGUGGUCUGACCGAGUUCCCCUCAGAGUUGCAGAAACUGACGAGCAACCUUAGGACCAUCGACUUGUCCAACAACAGGAUAGAGAGCCUACCGACUCUGCUGAUAGGGAAGUUCACUUUGCUGAAGAGCCUCUCCCUGAACAACAACAAACUAACUGUUCUACCUGAUGAGUUAUGCAACCUAAAGAAACUAGAGACUCUAAGCCUAAACAACAAUCAUCUGAGAGAGCUGCCAUCUACCUUUGGGCAACUUUCUGCCCUCAAGACCCUGAGCCUUUCUGGGAACCAACUAGGAGCACUACCACCCCAACUUUGUAGCCUACGGCACCUGGAUGUGGUAGAUCUCUCUAAGAACCAGAUUCGGAGUAUACCUGACAUCGUGGGGGAGCUGCAGGUCAUCGAACUCAAUCUCAACCAGAACCAGAUAUCUCAGAUCUCAGUAAAGAUAUCUUGCUGUCCUCGCCUUAAAGUUCUUCGCCUGGAAGAGAACUGUCUUGAGCUCAGCAUGCUUCCACAGAGUAUCCUCAGCGAUUCUCAGAUCUGUCUGCUUGCUGUGGAAGGCAAUCUUUUUGAAAUAAAGAAACUUCGAGAACUGGAAGGCUAUGAUAAGUACAUGGAGAGGUUCACAGCCACCAAGAAGAAGUUUGCAUGAUGUUCUCCAGGACCAUGGGAACCUUACUGGACAAUGACAUGGAAUUGUUGGAAUCUGGCUGAAGCAAAGACUCCUGUUGUUGUCAAAGGAUAUCUGCAGUAAGGAGAUGACACUCCAGGAGAUUAUGUUUCACUCAAUGAUCUUUUUUCCUUUUCAGGGCUAUCUCAAACAAGCUAAAAGAAAAAGGAGUCAGGAGACAGGAAGAGUCUUCCAUUUUGAGACAUGGAUAGGGCAAUGGACAAUGCUGAUCUUCAAAACCACCAUUAGUUUGGCUUUAAGAAACCAGUAGCUAGUUGCUAUUUAUAUGGUGAGGGGGUGCUGCCUGGUAACAGAAUAGCUCCACACCACAGCUUGAGAUUAUGUUUAGUUUCAAAGUGUGAGCUUCCAUAAAAGUCACUUGUCAUUCCACCUAUGUGUAAAUACUUUAUAUUUUUAUCAAAUUCAUAUUUGAGUUGCUAUGGUUACUUUAAGGAUUUAUUGUUUUAUUCUAGUCCGUAAGUUUAGCUGUCUAUACUUAGAAUUUAGGAUGCACAUAAGUGCAUCCUAAAGUUGUCUAUACUUAGAAGUUAGGAUGCACAUAAGUUUAUAACUGUCUUGAUUAAAGUGUGCUUUGUUAGAGAAGCACCAACACAACACUAAGAGAUGUUCCCCAAGGCUGCAAUAGCAAAUCCUUUACUAUUGCACGUGCCUUAUUGGUUGAGGGCUCUGAAGAGCUAAAAAUGUAUAUGCAACACUUAUAUGAUUUCAAUAAUCAAGAUUUUCCUGAAGCUUUGUUAAAAAUUAUGUCUUUUUUCUGUAAUCUUCCCCCUUUUUGUAUUUAUAACUCUACUAAUCAAAUUACCUUAAAAAAAUUGCUACGGUAUUUUAAAACAAGUUAUGUUUAUCAAGUUUAUUCUC